GCCUAUCUCAAUCAUUUUGCCUAUCCCCUGUAUAUAGCCAUCCCCAUCUACGAUGCGUGGAUGGAUCUCAUUGAAAUUUCAAAUCACUGUAGCAUAACGCAUGACAUGACCAAAUUUUGCUGUAUCACUUCCAAUUACGCUAGUUCAGAAUGAUUCGAAAUAAACAUACCUCAAAGAUAGCUGCCCCAUGGUGCAGAUAAGUGGACAAAUAUUUCGUUAUCAAGCUCAGUCUAAGCUUGACGGUCAGUGGAUUCACGUCGCGUAACCGUACACUGCACAGAAUGGAUCGUUGGACAGGAAAGGUAGCCGUGGUGACCGGUUCCAGCUCGGGGAUAGGUGCCGCCAUAGCCAAGGAUCUGGCCAAGGCCGGAAUGAUAGUCGUGGGAUUGGCACGACGAGUGGAGCGUACCGAGGCACUGAAAGAGGAGCUACCGGAAUCGGCAAAGGAACUUCUUCACGCGGUCAAGUGCGAUGUGUCCAAGGAGGAAGACAUCCUGAAAACAUUCCAAUGGGUUGAAGAAAAGUUCGGAGGCGUUGACGUGAUGAUCAACAAUGCCGGAAUCGGUCGUCAAACGGAUCUGCUCGAAGCUGGGAACACCGAAAUGCUGCGGGAAGUGCUGGAUACGAAUGUGAUGGGACUGGUGCUGUGCAGUCAGCAGGCUUAUCAGUCGAUGAAAAAGCGCUCGGUUGAUGGUCACAUUAUCCAUAUCAAUAGCGUGUGUGGACACAAAGUGAUCAAUUUCCCUAAGCUGAACAUUUAUACUGCUUCGAAGUACGCCGUGACGGCCAUCACGGAAACGAUGAUGAACGAGCUGCGGAACGCAGGAACGAAAAUCAAGGUUACGAGUAUCAGCCCUGGAGCCGUUAAAACGGAAAUCAUACCAGAAGCAAUGCGCAACGGCAAAUUCCCCAUGCUGGAAGCCGAAGACAUUUCGGAAGCUGUGCUGUACGCACUAGGAACACCACCUCGGGUUCAGAUCCAGGAGUUGACAAUCAGACCGGUUGGAGAAACGUUCUAGGAUGUAGUGAAACUAAUAGUGUUAUAAAUUAGAUUUGUCUGAUUAAAUAAAACGUAGUGAUUUCUCAAAGUAGAA